UUGCUCGGAAUCUAUUUAAUCGCUUCGUGUUGUAGAUCACGCUCUCGUUCUCGAAGUAAUUCUCCUCGUCGAGGAAAGAUCACUUCUAAGAGAGUUGUUAUCGCAAAUAUUCCCUACGACAUUACCUGGAACAAGUUAAAACAAAUCUUCCGCGAUCAGGUUGGGUUUUCUGGAUAUCUACGUCUGAUGAAAACUAAUGGGCGCCCUAAUGGAAUGGGUUUAAUGGAAUUCAAGACUAUCGAGGGGGCCGAAAAGGCCAUUGAAAAAAUGCAUCGCUACGAAAUCGAAGGUCGUCGUAUUAUCGUGAGGGAAGAAACCUUGCGUGAUCAAGAGCGCAUGGCAAAUAUGGAGUUUGAUGGACCCACAAACGCCUCUAUGGAAGGCCCCAUGGGACAAAUGGGAAUGCCACCUCCACCGCAAAAUGUUGGUCCUGGAAUCAUGGGUGUUCGUGGACCAAUAACGGAUUCCCUAUAUGUUAGCAAUCUUGACUAUUCUGUUGACUGGAGAAAAGUAAAAGAUAUUUUCAAACAAGCUGGAAGGGUUGUUCAUGCCACGGUAAAACAAGACGAUGAAGGUCGCUCAAAGGGUGUUGCUGUUGUUCGAUUUGAACAUCCU